GCUGCUUGGGGUUUGGUUUGUAUUUUCUCGGAAUACUAAAUUUAAAAGCGUCGAAAAUGGCUAUAAUUUGGCCAAAAAUCUUCUCUUUAGAUUUCAGCUUCUCUGUUUUUGGUAUUAUUACCUCUCCCACCCGCUUCCAUUGUUUUUGUUCUGCAACCAGAAGAGAGGCUUGGAGGUCAAAUUUAUAGAGACCGAGGAGGUAAUGGAUGGUGUAGAUUUGAAGGAAACUGAUUCGGAUUUUGAUUUGGAAAGUGCUGAGACUGAUACAACAAGUGGAGAAGAUAUGAGCACAGAUUCAGAUUCAAGUGAUAAACAACCUAAGAAAUUAAUGGGUAGAUUGCAAAGUGGACGUCUGAGGUUUAAUGGAUCAACAAGGGAUUGUGAUAGAAUAGGCUCAAGCAAGAAUGUUUCAGGUUCGGAUGAGGAUUUGGAUGUGAAGGCAGAAGAGAGAAGAACGAAAGAGAAACACAGAAAGACAAGCUCUAAGAAGCAUCCAAAACCACCUAGGCCUCCUAGAGGUCCAUCGUUAAAUGCAGCUGACAUGAAGUUGGUUGAAGAAAUCUCUGAGCAUGCGAGGUUGAGGCGUGCGAGGAGACAAAGAAUAAAGGAACUGAAAGAGAAUAGAGCCGAUAAAGUAUCAUCACCCAAUAUCAACCUGAUUGCGAUGGCUGUUACCAUUAUCUUCUGCUUUGUGAUAAUUUUACAAGGUAUCUUGGGUUCUCGUGUAUGAUGUGAUGCAGUUUCCUGUGUUCAUCUUCAAAAUUGUAAAACCAAAUGGAUUCAUAUGUGAUUGCAGUGUAAACGAACUACAAACCAGGGAGCAACGUAGUGGUUUUCGAUGGCAUGAAGCAAGUUUUGUACCCAUAACAACCCAUCCGGACCUUGCUCCUCUCUACCCACGUACCUCUAUUGGGUCCAUUGUAGAAUUUGUAUACAUCAGAAGAUAUGAUGAGAAUGUUGAAGUGCCGAAGACUCCAAGCAUGUACAUCAGGUGUCACUGGCAUUAUGGCAGUCUUUAAAACCAAUUGUGUAUUCAGCCAACUCCAUUCAGUUGGAGUUUUGAGACCGAUUAAGUUUGAAGAAACUAUGCCUAUGUUGCUUCUUAGUUUACUAUAUAAUUUUCGCUUUUAAUUUAUAGAUGAAAGCAAUUUGUUUGGCUUUGAGCAAGAUAAGGAGCUCUGAAUUCUUCCAUUUAUCUUAGACAUGAGGUCUAGAGUUCGACUAGCAUUUUGAUGACUAUUACAUUUCGAGACACAAACAGAGAGAGCUGAAUUUGGCUUACAGAACAGAGUACCAAGUUUGAGGUUGUAACGAGUUUUUAAAGAGCUAUUUCUUCAUGUAGCAGAAAGAGCAGAAUACAAUAACAGAGAAUUCUAUUGCAUAGUCUGUGCCUCUGCUACUAGUGUAAACAUUAUUGCUA